AUGUCUGACAAGGCGGAGGACUCCACUUCCGCCGAGGCUCAGAUCACCUUCAAGGUGAAGGCCUCGGGCGACAAGAACCACCAGAUUACCAUGGCCGAGACUGCUACCGUUGGCGAGCUGAAGACCAAGCUUGCCACCGAGCAGUACGAGAACAUCCCCGUUGAGCGACAGCGCCUCAUCUACUCAGGACGCGUCAUGAAGAACGAGGACACCUUGGCCUCCUACAAGGUCAAGCCCGGCAACACCAUCCACCUUGUCAAGAGCGCUGCCAGCAAUCCCGCCCCGGCCCCGAGUGCCUCUUCCUCGUCUCCCAUUCCCCAGGCUGUACCAAGCAACAUGGCAGCCGGCACCUCUGCCAACAACCUACUGGCCGGCCUGACCGGAGCUCGCUUUGCCGGCCAUGCCAAUCUGCCCAGCGCCAACAUGUUUGGUGCCGAUGGAGGUAUGGGCGCACCGCCUAGCGAGGAUCAGAUGGCAGACAUGCUGUCCAAUCCCAACGUCGCCCAAGCCAUGAACGAGGCCCUGAACAACCCUCAGCUCGUCGACGUCAUGAUUCAGAGCAACCCCAUGCUGAGAGACAAUCCCAACGCCCGCGAGAUCAUCCAGUCGCCCUUCUUCCGCAACAUGCUCACCAACCCAGACAUGCUACGAACAGUUGCCCAGAUGCGUCGGUCCAUGGGCGGAGGCGCCGGCGGCGAAGCCUUCCCAGCUCCCGGCGCGACAGACACGACGCCCGCUGAUGCCGCCGCUGCCGGUAGUGGCGGAGCAAACAACGCACAAACCCCGCAGUUCCCUUUCAUGAUGCCAGGCAUGUUUGGCGGUCCUGGUGCUGGUGCAGGCGGUGGUGUUGAUGGCACAGCAGGCCAAGGCGCCAACCCAUUCGCUGCGCUUUUCAACCCCUUUGGAGCAGCAGCCCCGGCUACUCCUCAGACCGGCGCCGGUGCCGCUACUGGUGCUGCUGGUGUCACCCAAACCCCUUCCGGAGACGGCGCUGCCCAGCGGGACGCGUCUGGAGCGGCCGGCUCGGCGCCCUCUGGCCAGCCCGCCAGCAAUUCUCCCUCCCAGCCCCCCAAUCCAUUUGCGGGACUGCUCGGUACGCCACCAGGAGGCGCUGCGAACCCUUUCGGGAUUACGCCCGAGAUGAUGCAGAACUUCACCCAGAUGAUGCGAGGUGCGCCACAAGGAGGCGCUGCGAACCCUUUCGGGAUGACGCCUGAGAUGAUGCAGAACUUCAUGCAAAACUUCAUGGGCGGUGCGCCCGAGCCUGCCGCACCCGCUGACACCCGACCCCCCGAAGAGCGCUAUGCUGAGCAGCUGAGCCAGCUGAACGAGAUGGGAUUUUAUGACUUCGAUCAGAACGUGGCAGCGCUGCGCCGCAGCGGUGGUAAUGUGCAGGGGGCGGUUAACUUCCUCCUAGGCGGAUAA